CCUCGACACACGACACCCCACUUUUCCAACCCACCAAAGAAGUCGAGCUGUCUUGACUGCGCUCUCCUGGUCUCCAUUGUCAACCACAUCCACGCACGUCACUUGGUGCCACACUUCCGCCUCCCCUUUUUUUGUCUUUUGUUUGGUUGUGUUUGGUUUUGUUUGCUUGUGUCUCUGCCAUCCCCCCCCCCCCUUUGACUGCUCCCAUUACCCUCCCGGCCUACAUCAGGAAGCGCUGCUCUUCGCCAGCACGACCUUGUUGACUGUCAUCCCUUUGAUCCUUCGCUCCCCAUCCUCAGCAUCAUGUCUGAUCAGCACCGACACCAAGCGCAGCUAGAGGGUGCCGAGACCCCACACCCCUCGGGAUCCCCGUCUGGCGACGAUGUCACCUCCCAACUCAUGGAAAAGCUCUCGGAUGCCUCCAUUGUCGACCACGAAAUCCGACACGAGGACAAGCGCUUCACCGUCUACAAGCUCGAGCUGGUCGCUGGCAGCCAGCGCAUGACCGUCUACCACAGGUACAGCGAGUUCCGUGAACUCUAUGAGAUGCUUCGUGACAAGUAUCCCAAGGAGAAGUUCAAGUUCCCGAGCAAGCGCAUCUUCGGCAAGUUUGAUCAGGACUUCAUCCAGACCCGUAAGCAAGGGCUGCAAGAGUUUGUUCAGAAGAUCAUCAGCAUCCCAUCCAUUGCUUUUGAUCCCGUCGUGCAGAAAUUCCUCACAGACACCCCACGACAUGGCCGCCAGCCGCAGCGGCACACGAGCAUCAGCUCCCACAAGGCGCGGCCUGCUGGCUCGCUGGCGGAGGGGCAUGAUGCAGAGGGCACCGGGGUGAACGGUGACGACGAUGACGACGAUGAUGAUGACGAUGGCAGGGAGGUCUACGACCCCAACUUUGAUCUCAGCGAUAGGCGAAACCACAAGGCGACGGUGGACGACUUUGAGAUGCUGAAGGUUGUUGGGCACGGCAGCUUUGGCAAGGUGCUGCUGUCACGCCACAAGGCGACGCGUCGCCUGUACGCCGUCAAGGUCCUUAACAAGGACAUCAUCCUCAAACACAACGAGUCCAAGCACGUGAUGAGCGAGCGCAACGUGUUGCUUGGCAACGUGAAGCAUCCCUUCCUUGUUGGUCUGCACUUCAGCUUCCAGACCAAGAAGAAGCUCUACUUUGUCCUCGAUUACGUCAACGGAGGCGAGCUGUUCUUCCAUCUGCAGCGCGAGAAGCGGUUUGCGCCGCUGCGCGCUCAGUUCUACGCCGCCGAAAUCACGUCGGCCCUCGGCUUCCUCCACGACAUCAACAUCAUCUACAGAGACCUCAAGCCCGAGAAUGUGCUGUUUGAUGCGGAGGGACACGUCAAGCUCACGGACUUUGGGCUGUGCAAGGAAAACAUCCCACCGGGCGAGAAGACACGCACAUUCUGCGGAACACCAGAGUACCUUGCCCCAGAAGUGCUUCGUAAGCAGCCGUACGGGCGCGCCGUCGACUGGUGGUGUCUCGGCUGCGUCACGUACGAGAUGAUGUGUGGCUUGCCGCCGUUCUACAACCGCAACAUCGAUGAGAUGUACAACAGGAUUCUUCACGAUCAGCUGCGCUUCCCCGAAUAUGUCCCACCUAUUGCUCGCCAAUGGCUCCAGGCGCUGCUGGUGCGCGAGCCCGACCGCCGACUCGGCAGCACAAUCAACGACCACACAGAAGUGAAGCGCCACAGAUUCUUCAGAAACAUCGACUUUGAGCUGCUCGAGGAACGCAAGAUACCGCCACCAUGGAAGCCGUUCGUUGCGGAUGAGCUUGAUUUGCGCAACAUCCACACAGACUUCACGGCCGAGCCCAUCCCAGCCUCGGUCGUCCAGAACUCGGUUGAAGUGCUGAGCGUCAAGGUUGACAACGCCUUCGAUGGCUUCUCCUACCAGGGCAGUGCGCCAAUGACUUUCUCGUCGAAAUGAAAUGACACGCCCUUUGCCGCUCGCACGUAUUGGUUGCUUCACCCGCCUGCUUUGCUGCCAACAGCGCACGCACCCCUCACGUGCACGCACGCUGAUGGUUGUGUGUGUGUGUGUGUGCGUUUGUGUUGCUGCUUGUUUGGCUUAAUGACUGCGCCUUUUAUGCGUCUGGCGCGUGCACGUGUGUGUGUGUGUGUGUGUGUGUGUGUGUGUGUGUGUGUGUGUGUCUGCACAUGUGUGUUGGGCUUUACGAAUGCUUGUUUUUCUGGAGCGGAUGACCGGGUGAAGGUGUGCUUGCUUUGUUGGCGUGGGCGAGAGAAGUGACAGGCAAUGACCGCUUUUGGUGAACGAGCAUUGCCUCGAGCUUUCCCUGUCCGUUCCUCCUGGCCCCAAUCACGCAAACGUAUCUUAACCUUCCGUUGCAUGUGUGAUUGAUUGAUUGUUGGGACCCACGUCAUCUUAUUCAAAGUUUACCUUCAAUCAAAUCUAUUCGAUCCACCCGC